CCCUACUAUAACUGAUUUAUCCCGUCAAGAAAUUCCCAAUACUGACUAUCAUCAUUGGCUAAAAAUCGAUCAAACUGUGAGGUCAUGGCUUUUUGCUACAUUAGCUCGAGAUGUCCUUAUGGAAGUUUAUGAUUUAAAAUUUUCACAUCUUAUCUGGGAUAGGCUUCAAAAACGUUUCAUGUCUGCCUGUAUUUCUCGUUCCGUUGAAUUGAAGCGUUUACUCUCUCAUGUGAAAAAGAAGGACACUCAGACCAUGGAUCAAUAUUUGCUUGAAAUAAAAAUUUUAGCAGACAAACUAGCAGCCAUUAAUUCUCCUGUGAGUGCUCGUGAUUUAAUUGAAUAUGCUAUCAUUGGAUUGGGUCGUGGUUAUGAGUCCCUCAUCAACAAUAUUGACUGCAUGUCGGGUAUUCCUUCUCUGGAAGACAUACGACCCAUUCUUCAAGCACAAGAACAGAGAAAUCUCUUUUUCCAGGCCCAGGAAUCAUCAUCCGUUCCUCAAGCCUUUGUUGCGGCUCCAGCUUCAGCGGCUCGAGGGGCUGGUCCACAGCGAGGGGGUGGUCAACAGCGGGGUCCUGGUGGUGGCCGAGGACCGCGAGGGGCUGGUCGUGCUCGAGGGGGCAGAGGCCGCGGCGGUAGAGGCUCUUACCCACAGCAGUACGGGGUUGCACAACCGCAGCAUGGUGGUUUUCCGGGUCAGCCGGCUCAGGGGCAGCCGCGUCCACAUGCAUUUUCUGGAAAUCCAGGUUUUCCAUCUGCGGAUCCCACCUAUCAGUAUCCUCCUCCCCCCGUUGUUUGUCAAUUGUGUUUUUCCCCAGGUCAUUCUGCAUUACACUGCUCCCGUUUUACAGCUUCUCAUACCCCGGCUCUGGCUGCUCUUCCCACUGGUGAAAACAAUGAUUCAGUCUGGUAUCCUGACUCGGGGGCUAGCGCUCAUAUGACUCCGCAUGAAGGACACUCAAACGGGGGAGCUUCUUCUUCAGGCAUCUAAUAAAGAUCAUGUUUACCCUUUUCAUGCCCUUCAAGCCCGUGUGGUCCCUGGUCCAAUUUGGCACAAGCGUUUGGGGCAUUGUGGUGAUAGAGUACUUAGUAGACUUAGGCAGCAUAAAUUAAUUUCCAAUUCUUCUUCUUUUAUUCACGAUUGUGUUUCCUGUAAGUUGGGCAAGUCCCACCGGCUUCCUUUUGCUGAUGUUACUCAUGAUACUGUCGCCCCUUUACAGCUUAUUCACUCAGAUGUUUGGCAGUCGCCAGUUUUAUCAAACCUUGGUUUUAAAUAUUAUGUCUGCUUUGUUGAUGAUUUUUCUCGCUAUACCUGGAUUUAUCCUAUGCGUCGCAAGUCUGAAGUAUUUACCCAUUUUUGUGCCUUUCAAAAAUUAGCUGAAAAUAUUUUAAAUCUAAAAAUCAAGGUUUUUCAGAGUGACGGAGGGGGUGAAUUUGAUAAUCAGGUUUUUCGUAAUCAUUUUUCACAAUCCGGAAUUUUAUUUAGGAAAUCUUGUCCUGAGACUCCGGCUCAAAAUGGUGUUGCGGAACGCAAACACAAGCAUCUGCUCGAAUUAACUAGGACAAUGCUUAUUGAUUCUUCGGUUCCUAGUCAAUUUUGGGUUGAUGCCCUUUACACUGCC